CCACCGAGGCGGCGGCGCGUGCGGCGGCCUAGAGCGGCCCGGAAGUAGCGUCCGGCGGCCGGAGGCCCCUCGCGGCCCGCGCUCAGUACGGCGUCCCGCCCCCAGGGCCGGCCGAACCCGAUGACCACUAAGGACGGCGCGGCGGGAAGUCCCGACCGAAUGGAUCCCGCGGCGUCGAGGACGUCGGAGGAGGAGGAGGAGGGGGAGGAGGAGGACGGGGCGGCGCCCCUCACCCGGGAGGAGUGGGGACGCCUGGAUCCCGCCCAGCGGGACCUCUACAAGGACGUGAUGCUGCAGAGCUACGGGAACCUCGUCGCCCUGGACGUCAUCUCCGUGCUGGAGCGAGGGGGAGAGCCGUGGUUCCUCAACUGGCAGCGGGCGGACGACGGAGACCCCCCGGGAGACGCCUCCGGAGACCCCUCGGGAGCCGCGGAUCCCGCCGGGGACCCCGGCGCAGAUGGGGCCGCGGAGGCCCGGGGCGCCUCGCCGCCGCCCCCCGCCUCGCCGGAGCCGGAGCCGGAGCGCGGCGCCUCGCCGGCGGCCGGGUCGGGGGCGCCCCGGGGCGAGGCGGGCGCGGUGCGGGCGGCCGGCCGGGGCCCCGCGGGGGCCGGGGGCCGGGCCCCGUGCCCCGCCUGCGGCCCGGCCCGGGCCCACCCCUGCCCCGACUGCGGCAAGGCCUUCGCGCGCGGCGCCUACCUGGCCCAGCACCGCGCCACCCACCGCGGCGAGCGGCCCUUCGGCUGCGGCCAGUGCGGGAAGACCUUCCGCCGCGUCACCCACCUGGCCCAGCACCGCGCCACGCACACGGAGGACCGGCCCUUCUCCUGCCCGGACUGCGGGCAGGCCUUCCGCCAGCACGCCAACCUGGCGGCCCACCGGCGGACCCACACGGGCGAGCGGCCCUACGCCUGCCCGGACUGCGGCAAGGCCUUCGCCACCUCGUCCAGCCUCUUCAAGCACCAGCGCACCCACACCGGCGAGCGGCCCUUCGCCUGCCCGGACUGCGGCCGGGCCUUCGGCGUCAAGUCCAACCUGGUGCAGCACCUGCGGACGCACACGGGCGAGCGGCCCUACGAGUGCCCGGCCUGCGAGCAGACCUUCACGGACCGCUCCACGCUGACCCGCCACCGCCGCAUCCACAGCGGCGAGAAGCCCUACGCCUGCCCCGACUGCGCCAAGGCCUUCAGCUGCAGCUCCAGCCUCAUCCAGCACCGCCGCAUCCACAGCGGCGAGAAGCCCUACGCCUGCCCCGACUGCGCCAAGACCUUCCGCUGCAGCUCCCACCUGGUCAAGCACCAGCGCAUCCACACCGGCGAGCGGCCCUACGCCUGCCCCGACUGCGGCCGGGCCUUCCGCUGCAGCACCACGCUCAUCCAGCACCAGAAGACGCACACGGGCGAGAAGCCCUACCGCUGCGGACAGUGCCCCAAGGCCUUCGCCUGCAGCUCGGGGCUCAUCAAGCACCGCCGCGUCCACGGCGCCGACCGCCCCUUCCCCUGCGACCUCUGCGGCCGGGCCUUCGCCACCUGCCCCGCCCUCGCCAAGCACCGCGAGACCCACGCCCCCGCCCCCGCCCCCGCCGACUAGG